UAAGAUAAUAAAAUAAUUAAUGUAUAAUACAGGUCUGUAGUAGUUCGUCUGUAAGUGAUCUAUCAAGCUGCGUCGCAAAACCAUUCCAUAGGUGUUUAAAGCAAACAGUUAAAUGUAAACAUCAAAAAUAUAAACCGUUAAUAAAACAUCGUACAGUGGACACUACUAGCAUAAACCACUGUUUGGAUUCUAAUAAUGUACCACCAACUGCUGGUUCUUACAAUCGAAGUGCAAUAAGAAAAAAUCAGUUGAAAAUUUAUGAACAGCGCAUAGAUACAUUGAGUAUUAUUAUUGGAGAAUUACAAACUCAAAAUGAGUAUCUGAAGCAACAGUUAUUAGAAAAUUCAGAAAAGUAUAAUUAUCAUUUGGACAGUCAUUUAUAUUCUAGUAUUAGUCAAUUAACAUCCGAUGUUACUACUUUAAAAGCUAAGCUGCUAGAGGUACAAAACAUGAAAAUUUCUCUGGAAGACUACUGUAAGGAAGUUAUCCAACGGUAUCAUUCUACGGUGGUAGAACAGUUGAGCACAGUAAAGGAUCAAUUGGAUGAAAUUCGAUUAAAGAAUGGAGCCCUGAAUACCAGUGUAGCCAUCAUAGAUGAAAAGUUCGAAGAAAUCAUCCAUGGUAAGAAUGAACAAUUUAAAGAAAUAGAGAAGCAAUGGAUGGAAAAAAUUAAAGCGUUAUGUGAUCAGUUUGAACAAUUCACACAGGAAAGAAACAAGGAAUUAGAAAAGACACAAUCGUUCCUUAUGCAAAAAGAAGAUAUAGAAUUAUUAAAAAAUAAAAUUUAUUCUUUGGAAAUGAAGCUAGAGUCAAAGAGGAAAGAUGAGGAAGCAUUACAAGCCACGUUAACUAAUAAAUAUACUAUCCUGAAAGAUGAAUUUAUUAGAUUGAAAAGUGAGAUAGAAUGCGACACGCAACAGCAGCAUGAAAAUCUUUCAUUGAAAGUUUCUGAAUUAAAGAAAGCUGUUGUAAAGCUUGAGAAAUCUAAAGAAAAAAUAGUAUACGAUUAUGAAAAGAAAAUGUUGAGAGAGAUUCAGAAUAAGAACCUGGAAAUAAAAAGCUUACAACUACAACUACAAGAGCAGAGAAAUGAAUUUUCGACACUUCUAAAUACAAAGAAGCAAAGUGAAGUGGAUAAUAUUGCUGCGCACCUCGAGAAAAGAUACAAAACAUUAUUAGCAGAGAAAGAUGCAACAACAGAAUUCCAAACACAAGAGUACCUCAAAAAAAUAGCAGAAUUAGAAGAUCAAGUACUCAGCCUGAAGACGUAUUGACUUAUAGUAUAGCUAACGUAAACUGUAAUCUGUUAAUCUCCAC